CAAGCACAUUUAUUUGGACAAAGACUUUUCUGAGGUAAAUAAUUCGUAUUUCGUGCAUUAAUUACGAUCCUACAAUUGCUUUAUAUUUUCAAAUUCUGUUUCUAUGCGUAUUCGUCGUCGCUGGGCCUGAAAAAAACCGCAACAAAUAAAAGCGAAUUGAUCAGACGCUGGAAGAAUUAGAGUCCAGAGCGACGGAUUUAGUUUGUCAGACGUAUCGCUUCACUUCACCGAAAAAAUCGACCCACAAAGAGAAACUUUUGAAUUCAAUCUGGCGUAGAAAAGAUUUGAAUCAUGGUCAUGACACCAGAAAGAGAAGGGCUUUGUUUUCAAUCAUGAUGGAUUUUCCAAUUAUUUUAAGUCUUCGAAUUCGCAAGUACAGCACAUGGGAGAAGCUUGUCAACGUCGAGGAACAACGAGGAAAAAGUUGUGGAAAAUCCACAGGAAAUACACGGGUUUAAAAACGCGUCUUGGGAAAAGUUGCGGCUCACGUAUAAAAAGUCAACAGAAGCACUAACUACUGACUUGGCCUGGAAGUCGAAUAUUUAAUGUAUAGCUGAAAAUAGAAGGAAAGUUUGAAUCGAUGUUUGACCACUCGGACAAAAUGCAAAAGAAAAACAGCGAAGAAGUGCCUCUACGUUUAUUUUUGCAAGAAACUGUCGAAAAUGAAGAAGUACUUCCCAUCUGCAUCGUAAAACAAGAGAAUGAUUCGACAGACAAUACUGGCCAGCUUGUAUCACCAACGUUCGAUUUACCUCCGAAAAACUACACGAGUCGUGGCGAAGAUGGGACAAACUUGCCCCCUAUGAAACGCAUUAAGCUCGAAAAAGAUGAUUCUUUAACAGAGAAUGAAGAAAUUCCUUCGCGUUCAAGUAAAACCAGCUUGCAAAAUAUUGUCAAUGAAGUGGCUCAGUUGCUUGAAAACAAAACGAAUAUUCCUUCCCUUGAUUCAAAUGAAGAUUCUGGUGAAGCCGUUGCAAAUAACAGGAAUCCAUUGGUACAAAAAGACAUUAAAGGUAUUGAAAGUACAGGAGGACAGUUGCAAGACUUAUCUCAUGCUAAUGAUGUGACGAAUGAGGGGUCUACUGGUUGUGACGAUUUCGAGUCUCCGCGGCGGCACGCCACUGAUGGUCACAGCGAUGCCGGCAGAUCUGGUUUUCCAGCUUGGGAGCAAGGUAGAGCUUUGACAACAACACCGAUUUUAAGAAAAUUAAAGAAUCUUAACUCCGAAGUAGAGGAAGGUUUCGCUUUUGAUCAUGACUUAUUACCUAAACUUGUAGGAGUGCGCUCAGUAUUAUCAUCAUCAAGUUCAACUGCAUCUGAACUAAUUCCUAAUUUGCAACAGACAAGUUCACCAAUACCUCAUGAAAAAGCUUUUUCUGAUCAACACAGCACUGAAGUGAUUUGUGAUGAGAAAGAAGCUGCUGAUGCUCACCAAUUCAGUACAGAUGCUUGUGUUCCCUCGAAAGACAGUCUCCUGGAAAACUCUGUCGCAACCGUUGAAUCACCAAAACGCAACGAUCUCUUACUGAUCUUUCCCAAAGACGAUAGAACAAAAGAUAUGUUUCUCGUGAUUAAAGAAGAAGUGUUUGCUGUGCAACGUUUUCAUCAUGAAGGAGAGUCGUAUUUAAUUCACACUGACAGCAAAGGAAAGAAGACUAUUUUAGCCAAAGAGCAAAGAGAAACAGACGCAAGGUCUCAAAGAAAAAGCAGCAGAUUUGCUUUCAUUCAGCGAGGUAAGACAAGGAAUAUUUUGCCAGCUGCUACGAGGCAGUCAAGAAGUAUGCCAUGUCAAGAGAACUCCACGCAGCAAUCUAGGGAAGUAAGGUGGACUGUUCACCCAGCGUUGCAAAAUAAUUCUAUCCAAACGUCUCAAACAAACGUGGUAGAGACGGUAUGCGUACCUAUUAAUGCUCACGAGCCCCACCCUGUCAGCAGUACCUUGCAGUUGCCAAGCAAGCAGCCCCUGAUUCACACAAACCGGAAAAGUGCUGAAUCAUUGGGUUGCGUGCGACGACCUCAAGCUGGGCAGGAAAAAUCACCUGCUGGUCAGUUGCGUCUUCCCGCUAAAGCUGGUGCAGAACCACAGAAUUUGCUCAUUAAUGGUUUGCUUCAAAACUUAAAUGGUGGCAAUCGCUCUAGCGCACACUUUCCUUCAAGAACUGUAAACACCCCAUCAAAUAGUUGGAGCAAUCAAUCAUCUAACGUCAUCAGAGAUCUGGUGACUACAAUUGAUCUCAGUGGCGAUGUGGUGAUUCUAAACAGUCGUAAUCAGUGUGGCAACUCCGUAACUCAAAGUACCAUCGGUGACGAUCGGCAAGGUUUGAAUACAGAAACUAUCGACAGCGAGUUACUUGCUCUCGCUAAAAGAACAAGGAAUCCAUUAGUAGAGAAUGAGGAAACCCCGGCAGUCGACAGCGGUUGUGAGUUGUUAAAGAGCAUCACCGAUAACUUUGCAACAAGUGAGAAACCCGUCCAACAAAGUUUGGCUAAUCCCACAGGUUUUGCGGAUUCCUCCAGCAGGGGAAUUGAAGCCGUGAGAUAUUCUUAUGAUGCUGUAAAUAUGCAGCGUAACACAGGUACCCACAGUGGUGAAUAUCGAAAAAUGGGAAACUUACUGCAAAGUCUUGGUAACGCCGUUUCUGUAUCACAGGACAAUGCCGAACAGCAACACAUUAGGAACAAAUAUACAGAUCGCAGUGAUCAGAGAAAUUCCCUAAAUCAGCCAAUUUUGCAAAACGGCAGCAUUUCACGCCUCCAGUCUCGUUCUACCGCGCCUGAUCGCAGUUUUGAUUCGUUACAAGGCAAUUUUCGAUCUCGCGCCUAUGGAGUAGCUAAAGGGAAAACCAAAAUAUUGGAGAUACUCGAGUCUUGGAAACGGUGCCGACAGUCAAAUGUCUCAAAUAGGGACUGCCAAGUGCUAAGACAGCUUUUAAACAGAACUCAUCAAUCAGUCAGUUCUUUACAAAACAGCGGCCAGAUGGAUAAAUCCCAACGGGCAACAACAGUGGGCAAAAACACUCAAGGAAUUUGUAAAGCUUCAUCUACCACAAGUGUGACACCAAUAAUUACUCAGGUUUCGUAUGGUAUAAGCGCUAGUUCCACAGGUGGAGAUAUCCAUCUUCCAAAGAAAUCUGCGACAGCGCUCGUAAUCAAUCAGGGACGUCCCAUUUACGUUGAUGCGACCAACUCGAUCAUUGACGAAGGACGGAGAUCAGAGAAUAUUGGUCAGCGGUUUUUACAAGUGGGAAACAUGGUUUCAGGUUAUCAUUCCAAUAUCUCCGGAAAUGUCACAAUUUCACAGCCAGCCUCAUUAGGCAAUAGUCUGACUCAAAACGAAGGACGACAGUUGAACAGUGGCUUAAUUUCAGGUCGGCAGUUGUUUUACAGCCCAGCUACUACUUCAUCGACUAGUUUAUUAAGAACGGAUCAGCGUCUCAGUACUUCACUUGCGCAGUUCUCUGCUCCAAAACUCGAACACAGUAUUGUCAAUAACACAUUAAAUGCAGUCAAUACCUCUAAAUCAGGAACUGGAGGAAGCGUGGGCUUGGGUGGAAAACAGAGUUAUAUCAGCGACAGCACAUCCAAUGCUACCAAGUCCAGCGCAGUUACUAAGGAAAGAGCGGUUGAUAAGCCACGUGAGUUUGUUGAGUCAGGCGUGGUUGCAAAUGCAGGAGAGGCUGCUAAGCCAUUUGAGAUCAUCGAAAUAGUAGAUUCGCCUCCAAGUUUAGACAGCACUGACCCCAAUUGUAACGUGACAGCUGAUUUUGAAAACAAGGAAACUGACUGUGUGAUUGUUGUUGAACCACCAAGUUCCAUAGCACAACUUCAGAGUUGUGUGGAGCAACUUCCACCGGUGGCCGGUAAACCAAACGAUGUUGUGGAGAUUUUGAAUCCUUCAAAAGCUCAGGUUUCAACCUAUCAGAAAAAAGCAGGAAAAGACGCAUUGAGGUCAAAACAGGAAGACGCGGCGAAGACUCACAACGAGGCUUUGAGAGAUGAACUUGUUAAAAAGGUUAACAACGCCCGCGAGAGAUUCGAGCAGGAGAAAAUCGAAUGGAAGAAGUCCCGGCUGAAUAAAUUGCAUACGGUGCUCAUGAAGAAACUGGCUAAGCUUCCUGGAACUGAUCCUAUCGUAGGCGACGAAAGAAAUCUGGAAAUUGACCAGAACUGUUAUUCCGAGCACUAAAAAUAAGUUUUUCCUUUUUUUUUUUUUUUUCAAAUAAGCCUUCCUGGCCUCGUGUUUAAGUGAAAAUUUCUUUACUUUUAAACAUGGUUCCUAACAAAUGGUAUUUCUAAUGUGCAGAUGAAGUAGCCGGUUAAGUCAAACCUUUUUUCGCGAUUUGGUUUAGCUAAAUCGUUGAUCUUCAUUGGAGAAAAGAUUUUCAUCACUGAACCCUUAAGUUGGAUGCCCACGUUUGUAGAUUAUUCAGAACAGUUCUGACGCUACAAACUCCUUUUUCAGUGUGGUUUUCGUUGUUACUGUUUAAAAAGCGAGUAAAACUGUGUAACAGUUUUUUGAUUUAUAUGGAAAACCUCUUGGAAACAACAAAAAGGCUGAAAUUAAAAUGGAAACAAUUUAACUGCAUGCAAAUCUGAAAAACGAAGUAUAAAAGGAAAACUCAAAUCCCAGGUUAGCUUAACGUAUGCGGACGAACCCGCCCCUCAAAUACGUUCAGUUUUUUUUCUUUUUGAAAUAACCAGUACGUGUAUCUUUUUGUCUGAUGAAGAAACCAAUAAUUAUUACGCAAGAAAAUGCCUGUCUUAAUAAUCAAACUUGCUGUACUAAUCACAGUUCCAGUAAACAACAAAAUUAAUGUACUUUACUCGCCAAUCAAGGUUCACCACUUGCCCCUUUGGAGUGAUGGGAAUCAAAAUAAGUCUAGGGUAUUUCUAAAUCCAGAGUGUAAACUAUGCGGUGUUUUUCAGAGUGAUUUGUUAACUUUGUCACACUCAGUGUAGGCCUGGUUACAUGGUAAACUGUGAGAAAUCGACAAGGGGAGUAACGUGGCUGUCGCGCGCGUAACUUUAAACUUAGACUAAUGCCAUAAAGCUGACAGAUGAUUUGUUAAGGCACCUCUAGUUAUGCUAUUGACGACCUAGUCACUCUUAUAAUAACGAAAAGGAGUUGCUGGUACCAGCUGCUACCCGUAACAACCUAACAUAAAUACAAAAAUGACUUUUUGUUACAAGUUCAAAUCAAACAACAAACUAAUUACUCCUCCAAAUCUACAGCUAAAAUGCAUGUGCUAUUUACCGUCGCUUCAGAUUUUUUGCGAAUAGGUGCGUUUUUGUGUCGGCCAUCUUGACUGCGAAAUCAGGAAAGGUGAUGCAUGAGGAAACCACACGAGGUACACGAAAUUGUCGUGAAGGACCAGUAUUGUCCUCAGUUGGUAAUGAAGCAAAUAGAAGCACGCCAAUAAAGAACGAACAAAAGAGGGAAAUGUAGCUGAGAGAUUUAACGGAGUAAUAUGUCCAAGGAACUUAACAAAGAUAAACAAGAAACAAAUGUUGUGAAGAUGAAAAAUUUUUGGACGGUUUAGUGUUACUCAGUGGUCUUUAUUUUUGGCCGUCAAACUGGAGAAGUUUAUCAUUCCCACGACUCGGUGACGCAAAGAAACUGAAACAUCGAUUGAUGAAGACACAACUUUGAUCAAAUUCCGCGGCCAUGGUUACCAAUAACCUGUUAUUUACCGGAGUUGCGUCCAUGUCAAAUUCCAAAUAUAGACAAAGUAGAUUACGUGGUUCUUAAUAAAUGUUGAUUGGUUGAUCUGA